AUGGGGAGCGCGCUGCUGCUGGCCGCGAGCUGCUUGGCGGUGAUUGGCGGAGCCGCGGCCAACCCGGACGCCAAGCGCCUGUACGAGGACCUGCUGAGCAACUACAACCGCCUGAUCCGCCCCGUGGGCAACAACUCGGACCGCCUCACCGUCAAGAUGGGGCUCAAGCUGGCGCAGCUCAUCGACGUGAACUUGAAAAAUCAGAUUAUGACAACGAACGUGUGGGUGGAACAGGAGUGGAAUGACUACAAACUGAAGUGGAACCCGGACGACUACGGCGGAGUAGACACCCUGCACGUGCCCUCAGAGCACAUAUGGCUGCCCGACAUCGUGCUCUACAACAACGCCGACGGCAACUACGAGGUGACCAUCAUGACCAAGGCCAUCCUGCACCACACGGGCAAGGUGACCUGGAAGCCGCCCGCCAUCUACAAGUCCUUCUGCGAGAUCGACGUCGAGUACUUCCCGUUCGACGAGCAGACGUGCUUCAUGAAGUUCGGCUCGUGGACCUACGACGGAUACAUGGUGGACCUCAGGCACAUAUCCCAGGGCCCCGACUCGGACACCAUCGACAUGGGCAUCGACCUGCAGGACUACUACCUGUCCGUGGAGUGGGACAUCAUGCGCGUGCCCGCCAUCCGCAACGAGAAGUUCUACAGCUGCUGCGAGGAGCCCUACCCGGACAUCAUCUUCAACAUCACGCUGCGCCGCAAGACUCUCUUCUACACCGUCAACCUCAUCAUCCCGUGCGUCGGCAUCUCGUUCCUGUCCGUGCUCGUCUUCUACCUGCCCUCCGACUCGGGCGAGAAGGUGUCGCUGUGCAUCUCCAUCCUACUGUCGCUGACGGUGUUCUUCCUGCUGCUGGCGGAGAUCAUCCCGCCCACCUCCCUCACCGUGCCGCUGCUGGGCAAGUACCUGCUCUUCACCAUGGUGCUGGUCACGCUGUCCGUGGUCGUCACCAUCGCCGUGCUCAACGUCAACUUCCGGUCGCCCGUCACGCACAAGAUGCGGCCCUGGGUGCACCGCCUCUUCAUCCAGCUGCUGCCCAAGGUGCUGCUGAUCGAGCGGCCCAAGCAGGAGGACUCGGUGGACGACGAGGAGCUCCUGGACGACGAGGACCUGGACGCGGACGGCCUGAAGCCGCCCGACGGCGUGCUCACGGGCGUGUUCGACGCGCCCGCCGAGCUGGGCUACGGCGGCGACUACGACAUCCCGGCGCUGCCGCCGUCGCGCUUCGACGUGGCGGCCUCCGGGGGCGUGGGGCCCUGCUUCGGCGAGCCGGCGCCUGUGCCCUUGCCCCUGCCCGGCGGGGACGACGAGCUGUUCGGCCCGCCCCCGGCGCUCGACGCCAGCCCCACCUUCGACCGACCCACGCGCGAGAUGGAGAAGACCGUGGAGGACGCGCGCUUCAUCGCGCAGCACGCCAAGAACAAGGACAAGUUCGAGAACGUGGAGGAGGACUGGAAGUACGUGGCCAUGGUGCUGGACCGCCUGUUCCUCUGGCUGUUCUCCGUCGCCUGCAUCAUGGGCACGGCGCUCAUCAUCCUGCAGGCGCCCUCGCUCUACGACACCACCCGCCCCAUUGACAUCAAGUACUCCAAGAUCGCCAAGAAGAAGAUGCGCAUCAUGAUGAUGGGUCCAGAGGAGGACUGA